AUUUUUAUAUUUUUAGGGAGCAGGAAUAUUGAGUUUUAAUGCAAUCUCUCCAACUUUAAUGCCGCAAAUUCUUCCGUUGGUCUUAGAACUAUUUUCAAAAUCGUUAAAUACAGAGGUCCAUGAAAAAGUAAUAUGCUUUGCACUAGAAAUGUUUAGUCUAUGGACAAAGAAACAUACUGAUUUUUCAGAUAAAACAGUUAUAGACAUUUUUAAAAAAGGCGUUGGACUAAAAACUACAACGCCAAACGUUCGUUUAUCAUAUUUGCAGUGGCUACUGGCUUGUUUUAAUAAAUGUAGUUUAGAAAAUGAUAUCAAUCUAACCACAAUGUUACUGAAAAUAUUUGAAAAAGCACUGCAAAACCAAUCCCAAAUACCGCUUGUGUCAGAAGCAGUAUGUGCUACUUGUUUAUUAUUAAAAACUGAUGGUGCAGACAAUGAUACCUUGAAUAAUUUCUGGAAUAUUGUUCUCGACAUAAACAAAUCGAUAUUCUUUACAGAACGGUUUAUUAACUCUGCUCCUACAGAUACUUUGUGUUACAUAGUCCUGAUGGCAGAGCAAAUUCUUACGAAACAUUUUAAAUCGAUCAAAGGGAAUUUGGACACAUUAUUUAAAGCAUUUGUACAAGCAAUAACAUCAUCAUCUGAUAAAGUGAGAAGUUAUGUAAAUAGUUUGUUACCUGAAAUAAUUGUAUCAGAGAACGGAAUAAUGUUUUCUAAAAGCAUCAUCGUGGAACUUGGGAAGAAAUUAAAGUUAUUGGAAGCUGAAUUUGAUACAGAUGAGCAGUUCUUACUUUCCAAAUCAAUUGAAGAAACAAUACGCUUACUCUGUGAUAUUAAAAACAUUACAAGCGUUGAUGCCCAAUAUUUGGCACUCCAGUUGUUAAUCGUAUGUCAUCAUCCAUUGGUAGUGUCUGCUAAUCCAAAAUUAUGGAAUAGUAUACUGAAAGAACAGUUACAUUUAGAAAUUUGCCAAUUGAUUUCAUUGCAAUCAGAAAAAAUUAAGGAUAUCAUAAUAGAUAAUUUUGAAAUUAACAAAACUUAUGAGAAUGCGAUUGCAACCUUAUCUUAUAUAAGUCCAGACAAGUUCAUUCCACUAUUAAUUUCAAAGGUUACAUUGUAUUUAAGUGAUCCCCUCUUAAUUAACGUUACUGAUGAUGAAUAUUUUACAUUUUUAACUCCGGAAGGGGAGUUAUAUGAUAAAAGUGUAAUACCCAAUAGUAAUGACGUUUAUACAACAGCGGGACUGAAGAGAGAAAAUAAAGUUUACAGUUAUAAAGAACAAAUAGAAGAACUUCAACUUAGAAGAGAAAUUGAAGAGAAAAGGCGUAAAGAAGGAAAAUUAAAACCUCCUCAAUUGACACCUAAGCAGAAAGAAGUAAUAAAAAAUCAGACUGAGAAAGAGCUUUUAAUAAAAAUGCGACUCAAAGAUUUAAAUUUAAAAUUAAAUUAUGCAAUUAAAAUGAUUGAGUCCUCUUGUAUUGGUAAUUCAAAACAAUGUUCCGUACAUUUUCCAGUUUUGCUAACUCUUAUUUUAGAAGCGAUGAAGUCGCCAUUAUCCGCUGAGCUAAUGUCUCAAUUAUAUUAUCAAUUAAGAAAAAUUUGGUUUGAAGAAUCAGAUUUAGGGUUUAAAUUGGCUAUUACAACAAUUCGAAUGCAGUUGCCUAGAUGCGAUCUUAAUAAAGAAUGGAUGAAAAAUGAUUUAAAUAUUCUAGUUCAUGAUACUCUACAACACUUGAACGAAAUUAUUAUUGAACACAAUGGCACAAUGACUUCUCCAGCUUUUACAUACAUCUUUGAAUUUCUAAAACGGGCACUUAUAUCAAAAUAUGUUUCAUCUAAUGAGGAAUUAAUGGCAAUUGGAAUAAAACUAAUCGAGCAGCACGCUCAAACAAGAGGUGAUUCCAUUAAUGGAGGCUUGUGGGAUUAUAGACAUCCUAAAUAUUUACCAAGAAUGGAAAUGUUUAAAUUCUUGAUAGAUCUUAUUAGUAUUCAUUCUGGACGCGUUCAGACGCAGGCGGUUGCUGCAUUACUGGAAGUGGCAAAAUGUAGUUCUGGUGAAGACUUUUGUGCUUUAGCAACACAAGAUGAUAUUAAUAUAUUUUUGAAUGCUCUCGAAAAUGGCCAAGAAAUAAUGCGAGACGUCGCAUUACGAGUUCUAACGAUUUUAUCAAAGAUAAUAUGUACAGAAAGUAAAACCAAUGCACAUUUUUCUAUGCUUAUUACCCGUCGUCUUUGGGUGGCAAAAUUUGAUAUUUCCAAUGUUAACAGGAAUAUUGCUGAUGAUCUUUGGAAAAAUGUUGAACUUAAUCAUCCGAUAGCUGAUGAUUUAUUAUGUGAUGUAAUACAUACAGAAAUUUGUAUACAAAAAGCCACUGCAUCUUCGUUAGUUCCAUUGUUAAUUAAUGAUGGCUCAAGUGCAAAACGAAUUUUAAAAAAACUUCUCACUAUUUACAAUGAAAAACUUUCUAUGAUUCCACCAAAACUAGAUGAGUUUGGUCGUGAAAUGGCACCUGCAAUUGAUCAGUGGAAACCUCGUAGAGGAAUAGCUAUAGCAAUAUCAAAAAUUUCCCAAUUCUUUUCAGUAGAUGAUGUGAAUCAUGUUAUGCAGUUUAUGGUAUCUGCUGGUUUGGGUGAUCGCGAAGAAGUUGUACAUAAAGAGAUGCUAGCUUCUGCUCUUACGAUUGUUGAUUUACAUGGCAAGGAUACUAUAAUAACAUUAUUGCCUGUUUUUGAAGAUUUUUUGGAUAAAGCUCCAAAAUCUCAAAGUUAUGAUAAUAUAAGACAAGCUGUUGUAAUUUUAAUGGGUUCUUUAGCACGUCACUUGGAGAAAGAUGAUAAACGAAUAGAGCCCAUAGUAAGAAGAUUAUUAUCAGCUCUUUCUACUCCAUCUCAACAAGUUCAAGAAGCUGUAGCAAAUUGUCUACCACAUUUGAUGCCAUCAGUAAAGGAAGAAGCCCCAGCAAUGAUAAAGCGUCUUCUGCAAUUACUAGUUAAGUCUGAAAAGUAUGGCGAGCGUAGAGGUGCAGCCUACGGUAUUGCAGGUAUUGUAAAAGGUUUGGGAAUCUUAUCGUUAAAACAAUUUGAUAUUAUGUCAAAGCUAACAACAUACAUUCAGGAAAAGAAAAAUUAUAAAUCUAGAGAAGGAGCGUUGUUUGCAUUCGAAAUUCUUUGCACUACUCUUGGUCGUCUUUUUGAACCAUAUAUAGUACACGUACUUCCCCAUUUAUUGCAAUGCUUUGGUGAUCCUUCUCAGUAUGUUCGUCAGGCAGCAGACGAUACAGCUAAAGUAGUAAUGGGAAAGUUAUCUGCGCAUGGUGUUAAGCUAGUAUUACCUUCACUGCUAGAAGCACUUGAUGAAGAUUCUUGGCGUACAAAAACAGCAUCAGUUGAAUUAUUAGGUGCAAUGGCAUAUUGCGCUCCAAAACAGCUUUCAUCUUGUUUACCAUCGAUUGUCCCCAAAUUAAUAGAAGUAUUAGGGGAUUCUCAUACUAAAGUACAGGAAGCGGGGGCAGAUGCGCUCAAAGUAAUAGGAUCUGUUAUAAAAAAUCCAGAAAUUCAGGCCAUUGUCCCCGUUUUGUUAAAGGCUCUAGAAGACCCUUCAAAAAAUACAUCCACUUGUCUACAAAGUCUCUUGCAAACCAAAUUUGUUCAUUUCAUUGACGCACCUUCCCUUGCAUUAAUAAUGCCUGUUGUACAAAGAGCCUUUAUGGAUCGAUCUACAGAAACAAGAAAAAUGGCUGCUCAAAUUAUUGGAAAUAUGUACUCUUUAACAGAUCAAAAAGACCUUACACCUUAUCUUCCUAAUAUUAUUCCAGGUCUAAAAAUGUCAUUAUUAGAUCCAGUCCCUGAAGUUAGAGCAGUCUCUGCUCGAGCUUUAGGAGCAAUGGUUAGAGGAAUGGGAGAAUCUUCAUUUGAGGAUUUACUUCCAUGGUUGAUGCAAACUCUAACUUCUGAAUCCAGUAGCGUAGAUAGAAGUGGUGCCGCUCAAGGUCUAUCGGAAGUUGUCGGUGGUCUUGGAGUGGAAAAAUUACACAAGUUAAUGCCCGAUAUAAUUUCAACUGCAGAAAGAAGUGACAUUGCUCCUCACGUUAAAGAUGGAUACAUAAUGAUGUUUAUAUAUAUGCCUAGUGCAUUUCCACAAGAUUUUACUCCUUAUAUUGGUCAAAUAAUCAAUCCAAUUCUAAAGGCACUUGCAGAUGAAAAUGAAUAUGUCCGUGAUACUGCUUUAAAGGCUGGGCAGCGUAUUGUAAAUCUUUAUGCAGAAACAGCGGUUGCACUUUUAUUACCAGAAUUAGAAAAGGGUUUAUUUGAUGACAAUUGGCGUAUUCGUUUUAGUUCAGUGCAAUUGUUAGGAGACUUGUUAUAUCGUAUAUCUGGAGUUUCCGGAAAAAUGACAACCGAAACUGCAAGUGAAGACGACAACUUUGGUACAGAGCAAUCUCAUGCUGCUAUUAUAAGAUUCUUAGGUAAUGAGAGACGUAAUCGUGUUCUUUCCGGUUUGUAUAUGGGCCGAAGUGACGUAUCACUAAUGGUUCGUCAAGCAGCUCUCCACGUGUGGAAAGUAGUAGUAACCAACACACCUAGAACUCUAAGAGAAAUUUUACCUACUCUCUUUGGAUUGCUAUUAGGAUGUUUAGCAAGUACUAGUUACGAUAAACGCCAGGUAGCAGCUAGAACACUUGGAGACUUAGUUAGAAAACUUGGAGAAAGAGUAUUACCAGAAAUAAUACCUAUAUUAGAGCGAGGACUCAACUCUGAGCAAGCAGACCAACGACAAGGCGUAUGUAUUGGUCUUUCCGAGAUCAUGGCCUCCACAUCAAAAGAAAUGGUACUAUCGUUUGUUAACAGCUUGGUUCCUACGGUGAGAAAAGCUUUGUCGGACCCUCUCCCGGAAGUUCGAGAAGCCGCAGCAAAAACAUUUGAAUCCCUUCAUUCGACGGUAGGAUCAAGAGCUCUAGAUGAUAUACUACCGCCGAUGUUGGAGGGAUUAUCUGAUCCCGAUGCAGAAGUUGCAGAAAAUACAUUGGAUGGUUUACGUCAAGUGAUGACAAUUAAAUCAAGAGUGGUAUUACCUUAUUUAGUUCCACAGUUAACAGCACCCCCUGUAAACACUAAAGCACUGUCAAUUCUUGUAUCUGUGGCUGGAGAAGCUCUAACAAAAUAUUUGCCAAAAAUACUUUUUGCUUUAUUACAAGCGCUUUCGGAUGCACAAGGUACAGCUAACGAAUCGCAAGAAUUAGAAUAUUGCCAAGCUGUAAUUUUAUCGGUAUCCGAUGAAGCCGGAAUACGAACCAUCAUGGACACUUUAAUGGCAUGUGCUAAAUCUGAAAAUUUAUCUACCCGCAAAUCAUCUGCGAGUUUACUAUCAGCAUUUUGUAUGCAUACCCCCGGUGACUAUUCGCAAUAUGUCCCGCAGUUGUUAAGAUCUCUUCUGCGACUUAUGGCAGAAACUGAUCGAGAGAUAUUGCAAAGGUCUUGGGAUUCUCUUAAUGCUGUAAUAAAAGGGUUAGAUUCAUCUCAACAAAUCGCUCAUGUUUCCGAUGUUCGCCAAGCUGUACGCUUUGCUGCUAGUGAUUCAAAGGAAUUAGAACUUCCAGGAUUUUGUUUACCUAAAGGAAUUGCACCGCUUUUGCCAGUGUUUAGAGAAGCUAUUUUAAAUGGUCUCCCAGAAGAAAAAGAAAAUGCAGCUCAGGGUCUAGGCGAAAUUAUUUCUAUUACUAACGCACAAUCAUUACAGCCAUCUGUAGUUCAUAUAACAGGUCCACUAAUUAGAAUCUUAGGCGACAGAUUUAAUGCAGGAGUGAAAGCAGCAGUUUUGGAAACUUUAGCAAUACUACUCCAUAAAGUUGGAGUUAUGCUAAAACAAUUUUUGCCGCAACUUCAAACUACUUUUUUGAAAGCUUUACACGACCAAAAUAGAUUGGUACGUAUGAAAGCAGGUCAUGCUUUAUCUGAACUAGUAAUAAUUCAUACGCGUGCAGAUCCCCUUUUUAAUGAAAUUCACAACAGUAUAAAAUCGGGAGACGACUCCGCAAUUCGAGAGACUAUGUUACAAGCCCUUCGAAGUGUGAUAACGCCCGCUGGAGAUAAAAUGUCUGAUCCUAUAAAAAAACAGAUUUGCGGUACAUUAAUAGGUUUAAUUGGGCAUCAAGAAGACGUAACACGAAGUGCUGCUGGAGGCUGCCUUGGUGCUUUGCUUAAAUAUUUGACAUCAGAACAAGUAGAUGAUAUUCUUCGAAAUUAUAUAUUGUUAGAAGAUAACGACGAUUCUCAUAUUAAACAUGGGCGUACAAUUGUUUUGUUCGUAGCUCUUAAAGAAAGCGUUGAAAUUGUAUUAAACAACGAAAAUGAAGAAAUUAUACUAAAAACACUUAUUUCAUACAUAUCAUCUGAUAAAAUUCAGAUUGCUAGCAAUGGGAUACGAGGUGCAACAUAUUUAAUUGAAUACUGGAUGACAACAAAUAAAACAGCAUCGCCUCAAAUUGUUAAUGCGUUUACUAGGGCCAUGAAUCAUAAUAGUAAUGAAAUAAAACAACUUGUAGCAAAAAGCUGCAACCACAUAGCAAAAGUUCUUAAUGCUAACCAAAUUUCUCCUGAAUUAUUAAGAUACUUAAUACCAAUGCUGGUAAAUGGAACAAAAGAAAAGAAUGGUUACGUAAAAUCUAAUUCGGAAAUUGCUUUAAUAUCUAUAUUACGCCUAAGGGAUAAUGAACAAAAUUUCAACGAUGUAUGUCAAAUCUUGGACGCAGGUGCCAGAGAUUCUUUAUGCGAAGUUGUGAGUAAAGUGUUGCGAAAAGCUGCAAUUCAACCCGCUGGAAAAGACGAGGAGUUAGACGACACACUUUUAAUUUAUUAAUUUAAUUCAUAUAUAACCUAUUUACUUUAUUAAAUAAAAAUAUGUAAUGUUCCACUUCAGAUGACUUAAAUUGUUUCAUAAGAAUUCACGAUAAAAUAAAAAUCCUAUAAGUAUA